UUCGUCUAUCUACUGACCACUCGUGCUGGAGGCGUUGGCAUUAAUUUGUUUACUGCAGACACCGUAAUUAUCUUCGAUCCUGACUUUAAUCCGCAUCAAGAUCUCCAGGCAAUAGCGCGUGCACAUCGAUUCGGGCAGAAGAAAACUUGUCUAGUUUUCAAGCUGAUGGUCAAGGAGUCUGCGGAAGAACGUAUCAUGCAGAUCGGCAAGAAAAAGCUCGUACUAGAUCAUCUUAUUGUGCAAAAG